GCGAAGCCGAACAGGCCGCCCUAGCUAGAUAUUUAAAAAAAAAAAUACGAUGAUUGUUCAGUUGCAAAUAGAACAACCAAUCACCCUUCGUCACGUAGCAAAGUCUACACCGUUGGAUCACCCCUAGUUCCCUAGUGAAUCCAACGCUUCAGAAACUCCCACGGAGCGUACUCUUAUCGACAAAUAAACGGUGGGAAACGAAACACGUGUCGCUCCCGAUGCAUUAUUAACCCAAACGACGCGACGGACUCUUAACAACUGCAACACUGCAGCGCCCAUUUACCUGUUUUGUUGGAGUAUUUCUUCUCCGGUGGCGACUUUCUCCAUCUCUUUAAUCAGAAUUUCCGAUUACGACCACCGGCUCCGGCAUCCUCCGUCGCGUAGAAAUUCUGGAAAAUUGGCCGCUCUCCCUUCGCGUCGCGGGUGCUUGAAUGUAUCUCCUGUAUGAUUAUCUGAUUCUUUUCGAUUCAUGACCGAUUUUGUAACUUGAGGAGUUCCUGAUAGGCGCAGCAGAACUUGAUGAUGAUGAUGAUGUGUUGCUUCGUGAUACGAUUCUGGAAUCGCAAUUAGUGGUUUGGAACAAUAGAGUUUAGCAAUUGGAUUGUUCUUCUGCACUUUUCUUUCUUUCUUGAUUUGUUUUGCGAGAGAAUGAUUCGUAUCCGACAAUUUUCAUAGCGAGAAGUGGAAGGAUUCGGUCUAUAUUUUUCUGAAACUUAAAUUUGAUAGUUAUAGAAAAAUCUUCGGCAUCAGAAUGGAUCGGGAUGAGGAAAAGUUAGGUUGAACUGAGUCUAGUUUCAGUGGUUGAAAUUGUAAAAUUAGGUGAGGGAAAUCGAAGGAAUCACUGCAGAAGGUGUAUUUAGAGAUUGGAAAUGGCGGAUUCGGAUAACGAAUCGGGAGGACACAACAGCAACGCGAACAGCGAGCUAUCGGCGAAAGAGCAGG